GCGCUAUAAGAGUUAGCAAGUGCGAGCGUACGUGUCUGUCCAGGCAGUGAGCACCUGAUAAGGACUGCGGGUAGAAGUUUGUUUCAGCGAGACGACAUCCAGACAAGGGACUGGCUAAUGAUGGGUGAGACGCACAGAGUUGGAUGGGGGAAGCCGCAGUUGGAGGGUCGCAGGCACAGUGUGGAAAAUGUGGUCCAGGUUACAGAACUCCACUGGAGGCCAUGAAAGGGCCCCGAGAAGAGAUAGUCUAUCUGCCUUGUAUUUACCGUAACACUGGAAUUGAGAAGCCAGAUUAUUUGGCUACUGUGGACGUAAAUCCAGAAUCUCCAACAUACUGCCAGGUGAUCCAUCGUCUGCCAAUGCCUAACCUAAAGGAUGAGCUGCACCACUCUGGAUGGAAUACAUGCAGUAGCUGCUUUAGUGAUACCUCCAAGAAACGUAACCGCUUGAUCCUGCCAAGCCUCAUCUCCUCACGCAUCUAUAUAGUGGAUGUGGGGACUGACCCUCGUGCCCCCAGAUUUUACAAGAUUGUGGAGCCGACUGAGGUGUUUUGGAAAUGUAACUCUGCUAAUUUGCAUACUUCACAUUGCCUUGCAAGUGGAGAAGUGAUGAUCAGCACGAUGGGAGACCCUGCUGGAAAUGGAAAAGGAGGUUUCAUUUUGCUGGAUGGAGAGACAUUUGAAGUGAAGGGCUGUUGGCAGCAGCCUGGCAACGAGGCCCCUUUUGGCUAUGAUUUCUGGUACCAGCCACGCCACAAUGUGAUGAUAAGUACAGAAUGGGGCACCCCUAAAGUGUUGGCUUACGGAUUCAGUCCAAAUGAUGUAAAGGCAGGUGAUUAUGGAAAAUGCCUGCACGUGUGGGACUGGACAACACAUUCUCGCAUCCAGACACUUGAUCUGGGAGAAGAAGGAGCCAUUCCAUUGGAAGUCCGGUUUCUUCACAAUCCAGAUGCCACUGAAGGUUUUGUUGGUUGCGCUUUGAGAAGUAAUGUCUUCCGCUUCUUCAAAACUAAGAAUGGAGAAUGGGCUGUAGAGAAGGUUAUCAGUGUGCCCAGCAAGAAGGUGAAGGGCUGGUGCCUCCCUGAGAUGCCAGGUCUCAUCACAGACAUCUUGCUGUCUUUGGAUGAUCGAUAUCUCUACUUCAGCAACUGGCUGCAUGGAGACAUUCGCCAGUAUGACAUAACAGACACUAAGCACCCCAAGUUAGUGGGGCAGGUGUUCUUGGGUGGAAGCAUUGUGAAUGACAGGCCUGUCAUUGUGCUGGAGGACAUUGAACUCAAGAGCCAACCUGCACCCCGUGUAGUCAAGGGAAAACGAGUCCAAGGUGGACCACAGAUGAUCCAGCUGAGUUUGGAUGGAAAGAGACUCUAUGUAACAACCUCUCUGUUUAGUGCUUGGGACAAACAGUUCUACCCUGAUCUGGUCAAAGAGGGCUCUGUUAUGCUACAAGUUGACGUAGACACAGAGAAUGGAGGUUUGCGUCUCAAUGAGAAUUUCCUAGUUGACUUCGGCAAAGAGCCUGGUGGUCCAGUUCUGGCUCAUGAAGUACGAUACCCUGGUGGAGACUGCAGCUCCGAUAUCUGGGUGUGAAGAAUAUAAAGACAAGGAAAUCCACGAUUUGCUCUGUGCCGUUUCCCUCCCUGCUUGCAUAACUGCUACUCAAAUAUAAGCUUUUAAUCAAAAAUGUAAUGUGAAUGAAUUUUAAACAAAUAUAACAAGCUAACGAGCUUCAAAGCUUUUUCUAUGUAUUUUCCUUGCUCAUAUUUUAAAGAUUUUCUUUCCAGUAAAACAAUCUAUAAGAAGCUUAAACACCACAUCUAAAUACUCACUUGAGAGAAAUAUGAAGGCAAGUAUAUUUGGAAUACAGAGCAGUAGAAAUUAAAGAUAUCCCCUAGAUUCUAAAAGAAAUACUAUAUAUGAAUAUUACAGUGUGUGAUCUGUAUUGAAAUAUAUAUACAGUGAAUGAAGUUCAGUGAACAGUGAAUAGUGAAUGAUUUCAAAAAUCAGAUUUUUUACAACUUUUUUGUAACUGUUUUAUACACUUUGUAGUUAUACAAAUCCAAGCUUUUGGAACAAUCGUUGGUGAAUGUAAAUUUCGACUAAAUAGUCCAGUAUGUGUACUGUUGAUCUGUGUGCGUGUUAAUUCACUGUCUUUGUGGAUAGCUGAUGGCAGUGAAAAGAAAAUUAAUCUGAUGUAGAAGGCACAAAAAGACCAGAUCAGAGUCUCUUAGCUUACUGAUUGUGCAACUGGUUAAACCCUGAAUACAUGGAUAAACCUCAUUAAUCACAAUAAAGUUAAAAAAAUGAAUUGAGGCUAAAGGAUCUUCAUAGAAAAAGAUGUGUUUGUUCUUUUUCUUGGAAAUGUGAAUCUCUCAUGAUACAGAACUAAUAAAAUGGGAUUGAAUUUUGA